GUGAACCGCUUCACCCCGCGCCAAACCAUUUUUCAUUUCAAAGCGAUUAGUUUUUCUCCGUCACAAACAGUUUUCUCGGAUCACAUUUCAAAUUUUCCGAGAAAAUCUUCAAAAUAUUUUCCCUAAUAAUUUUCACACUCGGUUGGUGUCUUUUCAAUCAGUAACAACAGAGCACGUUGAUUUUCCCCCCUCACAGUCUCAUCUCCUCUUUUUCUUUCAAAUCUGCCGUCGCAUAGUGACCACAAUUCACUGACUGCGCAAUUCUCUGCACAUGGCGCGGCGGUUUUGGCCAUCGUUUCAGAAUCAGGGAGAGGUGAGACAGGUUGAUCCUUGUGCUCAUACUAUAAGGUCCCAUGGAGCCGCACUUGCAAGGAAUCGCAUUCGUGAUUGGCUUAUAUUGGUGCUUCUUAUGGUAAUAGAGGUUGUGCUCUUUGUCAUUCAUCCAUUUCACCGCUUUGUCGGGAGGGACAUGAUGGAAGACCUUAGAUAUCCUAUGAAAGACAAUACUGUGCCUGUAUGGGCUGUUCCUCUAUAUGCGGUUCUGUUGCCAAUGGCCGUUUUCCUUUUCAUCUACAUGCGAAGGAGAGAUGUUUAUGAUUUGCACCACAGCGUUCUAGGCCUUCUCUUUGCUGUCCUGAUCACCGGCGUCUUGACAGAUGCGAUAAAAAAUGGAGUUGGCCGGCCUCGUCCAGACUUCUUUUGGCGUUGCUUUCCCGAUGGAGUAGAGGUUUAUGAUGAUAAAUGGGGAGGUGUGAUAUGUCAUGGCAAAGAGAGUGAUAUCAAAGAAGGACACAAGAGUUUCCCAAGCGGUCAUACAUCAUGGUCGUUUGCAGGUCUAGGUUUCCUCUCUUUGUACCUAUCAGGGAAGAUUAAAGUUUUUGAUCGCAGAGGGCACGUGGCAAAAUUAUGCAUUGUGUUUAUUCCUCUACUUGUUGCUUGUCUAGUUGGAAUCUCUAGAGUGGAUGAUUAUUGGCAUCAUUGGCAAGAUGUGUUCGCUGGCGGCCUUCUAGGGCUUGUUGUUGCAACCUUUUGCUAUAUGCAGUUCUUCCCUCCUCCUUACAAUGAUGAUGGAUGGGGUCCAUAUGCAUAUUUCCAGGCUAUGGAGGAAUCACGAGUCAAUUCAAACAUGAACCGGGAUUCACCCUCUGUACAGGCAAUGGAGGAUCGGGUUAUGAAUCAAGUACCAGUAAGGAGAACUAAUGGUGAUGCAUUCACCCCUUUCUCUUAUCUUAGCCCAACUUUGGAAGCCAUGGAGCUAGGACAGAAGUGAACUCAUAACUGUCUUAUGCAUAAUUCUUCUUCCUAGCUUGUUGUGACUUACUUUUGUGUAUAGUUGUGAUUGAAAGUUAGGUUUUCUACACGGCAACACUAGAUUUAGCAAACUAGCGAAGUUGUGGGUAGCUAGCUUCCUUCGUAUACAUUCUUUAAGCUGAUUAGCGUUAUAUUUGGAUACCUGUUGGCAUCACUGUAAGUAGAUGUUAGCUUUACUUUGAGAUAAAAAGUGGACAUAGCUCUUUCUCUUAAAUUAAGAUAAAGUCCGUUCACAUUGUACUCAAUUGGUAUAAGAUCAUAUUAUAAAUCUCUUAUGGGUAUUAUCUUAA